UGACACUUUAACAUUUGGUAGUUUGACAAUUUAUAGAAGUUUCACGAAAUCGUUGCAAAUUUUUAAUUUUCUUUAGAUACCUACCUUGAUAUAAAAGUUAUAAUUAUUUGUAUUCAAAACAAUUAGUUGGAAAAGCACGUGUUUUAUUUAACUGCGAUGGUUGUAUUCACGUGUGGUCAUUGCGGAGAAUCUGUGCAGAAACCUAAGGUGGAGAAACACUAUAUGACAAUAUGCAGGAAUAGAAAUCCCAACUUGUCCUGCAUGGACUGUUUCAAAGACUUUCUGGGCCAGGAUUAUGAGUCACAUAUAAAGUGCAUCACAGAAGAGGAACGCUACUCUGGAAAAGGUUUUGUUUCUAAAGAAAAAAAAGGUGAGAAGAAGCAAAAUGCGUGGGUUGAAAUGUUACAAUCUGUAUUAGAUGAACAAAAAAGUGCACCGAGAAAUGUACUUAGGAUUAUUGAAGCCAUCAGCAAACAUAAUAACACACCUCGCAAGAAACCCAAGUUCAUCAACUUUGUAAAGAAUGUUUGUGGGCAUAAGACAAACCCUAAGGACAUUGACCAAGCCUGGGACUUAAUAUCUGUCAAAUUGACAGCUUUAUCUAAUGCUAACAAUAAGAAUCAAAACCAAAAGAAGGAUGCAACCGAAGAAGAAAAAUCCAAAAGUUCCACAAUGGAGGAAACUGAUGAGAAACCUGAGGAUAAUGACUUGGAAAAUGAAAAAGCUGAUGAGAAUGAAGAAGAUAAGAAUGGUUUAGUAGAAGAAGAUGGCGAAGCAGUAAAGAAUGAGGAAGAGGAUGCAGGUAACAAAAAGAAGUCUAAAAAGCAAAGGAAAGAAGAGAAGAAGCAUAAGAAAUAUGAAGCUGAACUGCAAAGUGCUGCAGCUCCACCUGAAGAACUAGAAGAAGAAACUGAAACUACAAAAGGCAAAAAGAAAAAGAACAGGACUGAAUCUAUCAAUGGUGAAGAAAAUAUUCAACUAGAAGGUAAAAAUAGCAAAAAUAAAAAACGCAAGAGGCAAGAUACUGUAAAUAGUGUAAAUGGAGCUCAAGAAGUUGCUGAUAAUGGAAUGGAGCAGGUGGAAGCAGUGGUUGCUACAGGAAAGGCACAAAAAAAGAAGAGCAAGACUGCACAGGAAGAAGAAGAGGCAGAAGCAGAAGAAAGUAUCUGUUUGCAUGACCAGAAUGUUGCCAAAAUAGGAGAAUUAGCUGUUAGUGAUAAAUUUAAUUGGCAUGCUGUUAUAAUAUCUGUAUUGCAGAAGAAAGGCAAUGAAUUACCAUUCAAACGUUUGCAAAAGAAAGUUUUAGGAGAGUAUAGUGAGACGACAGGCAGAGAAGUUGAUGACCGGAUCGCUGACAAGUUUAUAAAGAAACUGAAGAGUGCUCCCAAUGUGAGAGUUGUCAAGAACACAGUGCUCCUAAUUGACUGAGAAGUUGUUAUGAAAUAAAUUUGUUUUUAUAAUAGUGCCACACUUUGGAAGGAGGUUUCUGUUGAAUGACAAUUUAUUAUUGUUACAUUAUUGCUACAAUAUUGACUGGUUUGACAUUGCAUAAUAUUGCAGAUAUUUAUAUGACGUUGUAGAAUUGAAAGCUGUUUCAUGUUAAAAAUACAUAAUACUUAUUGGCCAUAGAGCAACA